AAACACAACAGGCAAGAUGGCGGACUCGGUUGCAGAUUCAACUAAAAGUGAAGAUAGUGAAAACAAUACAGAGAGUACUGAGAGGGUAUCAACAUCAACAGAGGGCCCAGCAGGAGCAGCAGAUCCUCCUCAUAGGAAUGGGGCAUCUGUGAUUCAGCCUUCCAAGCUUGGUGGAUUUAGGCCUGGAUUCUCAGCAUUUGGGGGAUCAGGGGCGAAUACCGGUGCUUUCUCAACCAACCCAUUUGCUCCACGUGCCACCCUGAAAUCUGAUGUCGUAUCUACUGGGUCAGCACACCCUCACCCACAUGAAGGUACAGGUCUCAUCGCACCCAGUCGAUUCAUGGUCAACCCAUGCAUGCCCCACGACAAGUCCGCAUCGCAAAGUGAUAAUGAUUCUGAUGUAGAUGUCCCGGGGGAGAACCGCAAGUUCCAGCUGCGACCUUCAGCCCUGACGAACCAAGUGGAAACACUGAAGAGUAAAGGACGAACCUCACCACAACCUGCUGUUCAGUCAUCAAUACUCAAGCCUGCUACGCUACCUGAUCCUCGACAGCCCCAAGACAGUAAAGAGAAUCACAGGGAGGAGAACGAAGAGGAGGCUUGUGAGGACAAAGAGGUGUCGUCCACAUCACUCCCAGUCAAGAGCCCAGACAAGCCCCAGGCAGCCAAACAGAUCACCGACAAUGGCCUCUUCUCUGCGCUGCUGCCGUGGCACCAGAAAACAGUGUGGCAGAUUCUACAUCAAAAUCAGCAGCGGGAGCUGAAGGAGGGGAGUUCAUAUUUGGACAAAAUUUAACAGAACGCGUCACAGGAGUGUCUUCAUCUCAAGCUGCCAGUGAGUCAGCGUCAGGAUUUGUUUUUGGUCAGAAUUUAGCAGACAGAGUAGUCCAUUCAGAUGCAGGUUCGCCCCCUCCUGACACGGAAACAAACGGGAAGGAGGCGGAGUCAU